CAAAAUAUCCUUUCCUCUCCCCCCAUCCCUCCCUCCCUCCCAAUUCCCACCCGAAAAUCUCCCCGCCGCCGCCGGCGACGGAACACCGGAGGAGGAGGAGAUGCUGCUGGUGAGCCAGGCCGCCAACGGCUCCGUCUCCGCGCGGCGGCUGCCCUCCAAGCCGCCGGGCAGCCACGGCGGCUGCCCCAACCCGUACCCGCUCUUCGCCGCCCCUCGCCUCCUCCCGCACUGCCGCCGCCGCCGCCGCCUCGCGCUCUCCGGCGCCGACGCGCGGCGGGGCCCCCUCGCCGCCGCCGGGGAGGGCCCCUCCGGCUCCCCCGCCGCCGCCGAGGACCCCGUCCUCGUCGGCGUGACCGACGAGGGCGUGCCCCUCGAGGGCGUCAUCCAGUUUGACAAGCCCGGGGACGCCGCCGGUGAAUCCAAGCUCGUUUCCUACGCGAAGUUGGGGCUUCUUGCCGGCGGCGAUGUGCUCUGCCUCCUCGUCUUCUCUGCGAUAGGAAGGUUCAGCCAUGGGCUGCCUGCUCUUGACGCAGAAACGUUCAAGACGGCCGAUCCCUUCAUUGCUGGGUGGUUGCUUAGUGCCUACCUCCUUGGUGGAUUUGGGGACGAUGCGAAAGGUCGCAAUGGUGUGGGCAAAGCUGUUAUUGUUGCGGCCAAAUCCUGGGCUGUUGGGAUACCGUUGGGACUUGCCAUUCGAGCACUGUCAUCUGGUCAUAUUCCACCAACUCCUUUUAUCCUGGUAGCCAUGGGAAGUACUGGGGUCUUGUUGACUGGAUGGCGAGCUCUGGUUUCUCUACUGUUUUCCACUGGACAGAGCCAGCAGGAUGAUGUCUAUAGGCGGGGAAGCCCUUUUGAGCUUUUUGAGUUGCUCACAUCACUUGUGCGGAGGUGGUGAUAUUUCAAAUGUCAAGGCGACAAGUGCCGUCCACCGCUAGGUUUUACUAUCGUAUCUUGUAAGUACAAUUUUGGAGGUGAAGAUGAGAAGGCUAGAUCAUAGUUGGAAACACAUCCGUAAUCGCAUACCGUGACAAGAUCGUGCGAGGCUGUGUUACAUAUGUUAAUCUUAAAGAUGUGCUACUAAAUCAACCACUGACAAUCUCUUCAAUGUGUAGCUUGGCCCAAUUAUUCUGAUUACUACUGGUAACACUGUUCCUGGCUACGUUUCAUUUUUUUUUUUGAAGAAAAA